CGGGGCUGUUGCCAGGAGACGUCGCGCGCGGCGUAUGGCGGCCCGCUACGGCGCGGGGCAGUACGAGGACGCCUUCAGCCCCCACCGCCUGCAGAACUGGAGCGUGCCCCGGACCGGCCGGCAGUGCCCCUUGCUGCGGGAGGGCUCCACGCUGAUCAUCGCGGAUGACCGGGGGCACCUGCUCCCCACCGUGCCCCGCUCCCAGGCCUCCCCAUGGGGCACAUUUGUGGGGACCUGGGACAUGCCGCCGAGGAUUCCCCCGGCCAGGCUGGACCUCACCUCCCGCUCGGCCACUGCUGCCGCGCAGCUCAUGGACAGGAUCCGCCAACCCACUUCCCUGACCCACGCCUGCAAUGGCCUCCGGACAGAGAUCACCGGGAAGCCCCAGGAGCCUUGGUUGGACACACAAACAGCCAAGGAACCUUCCCGAAGGAGCAGUCAGGCAUCCAGCGAGGGUAUCCAGCCUGCUGGGCCCCCGCCCGGGGCACCACUAGAGGAGCCACCUGGCCCGGGAGCAGGAGCCGCAGCAUUGCUCUCCCACAAGCCCAGCUGCACAGAGGUCCGGCUGAAGGCAGACACGUCCCCAGAACGCCCGGCUGCGCGCCAGCCUUGCUCCCGGCAGGCCAAGCAUGAGGGACAGACCCCACACUCCCACCAGCCUGCUGUGCCAGACCUCCGACGCGGGGAUGCCGGCUCGCCCAAAAUCCCAGCCUUGAUCCACCCUGCUCUGAGGGAGGCCAGCCCUCGGCAAGCCACCCCACCGCAGGUCUGCGCUCCCAGCCAGGGGGUCUCUGCAGAAGCCGAGCCCCGGGGGGGCAGAUCCCCCAGGCUCAGGGCAUCACCUUGUGCGGGAUGGGGAGAGGCCAGUCCUGGAGGAAGCACUGCAGAUGCAAGAGCCAGGCAGCCAUCUCGCACUGUGCUGUGAUCUGGCUUUGCUCCCCUCCCUUCCCCUCCCCAGCUGCUCCCAGCCUCUCCUGCAAACCAUCCACCCCUUUGGACGUGCAUACCAACAGAAAACACCUUCCUACCCCCAAGAGUGAGGAAGGGGAAUGCGCCAAAGAAGCCUGAGCGAGGCUGACACUGGGAGACCACAUGGCCUGCACUUGUGCUUUCGUGGCAAUUGGAAAAAUAGAGGUUUAAAGAAAAAAUAAA